CAACCAACUAGAGAAGCCGCUGCUCUCACCCUUCACGUUUUGCUUCUGGUGCUCCUCCAUUGAAGAGCACACCAAGGUUCUCCUUCUAUUCUACACAGCCCUGCCUCUUCACGUGCACUUGAGUACCUUCUGGCCGCCUGACUACCCUACUCCUGCUGCAUCGAUUUGGGUCUGCAGUUAAGGUAGGUAAUUUCUCUCCUCCUUGCACCAUUUCACUUGGUAAAGCAGAUUGAAUGGAUAUUACAUACUGCAGCGCGGUUUUGUUACCUAAAAUUAACCUCUACCAGCAACAUCGCCGUAUGUCUUCUUUUUCUUACCUGCAAUUCGAUUUGUUAGAUCAAAUGAUUGGAUCUCACUACAGAUUCCUUUCUAUCAAAGUUCAAAGAAGGUUGUUGCUGAUAUUACCAGUUUGGACUUUUCAGUGAACUACUACUAUCAAAAUAGGGGGAUGGACCUGACGGUUGCCGCUACGCUGCCUGAUGAUCUGGUGGUGGAAAUCCUCUCCCGGCUGCCGUUCAAGUCUUUUUGCCGCUUCAAAUGUGUCUGCAAGACCUGGCUCGCCUUCUCAUCGAAUCCAAACUACCAUGAGAACCUGCCGAAAAUCCCCACCGGCCUUUUCUGCCAAUACCAAGACCUUAAUAAGAAAGCUACCAAGCUUAUUGGCCAGCCACGAAACGUGGAGCAAAUUGAUGGAGCACUUAGUUUCUUGCCACAGUAUCCACAGCUGAAGCUUAUGGAUUCUUGCAAUGGACUUGUCCUCUGCAUGCGUAGGAGCAUGGAUUGGAGCAAUCGUACAAUUAUCUACCACUUCAUCGUGUGCAACCCCGCAACGCGAGAGUGGACGAAGCUACCUGAUACCCGUCCUUACCAAGAACAUGGUAUUUGUGAAGCUAUGCUGGUUUUCAACCCAUCAUGUUCCCCACAGUUCUAUGUCCUCAACUUUAAACGGGAUCCUUUAGCUUCGUUCUUGAGCGGGCUCGAGGUGUUUUCAUCCAACCUUUCCACAUGGCUUGUGUAUGAUACAUGGUGGAAUUCUGGGAUGCCCAAUGUUAUUGGAUACCCACACUUGUUCAUAGAUGGUUCACUUUAUCUGUUUAGUCUGCGGAGGAAUUCAAGGAGAAGGAUCUUGGUGUUGAAUGGCUUUGAGGCAAUGAGUUCCUGCAUACCGCCUAAUCGCCGGACUAUCAAGUUGCUGAACGACCCUUCUGUUGAGUCUCCAAAUGGCCAUACCGUUGGUAUGUACACUCAAGGUUUCUUUGGACACUCUCUAGGGGCCUUGCACUUUGCAUUGCCAGAGGUGGACGGGCGCGCGAUUCGGAUCUGGAGUCUCGAUGUUUCCAAACCUUACAAGUGGAGUAUGAAGCAUCGUCUUAGUAUGAGAGAUGUGUUUGGAAGAGAUGACCUUGAUCACUAUGACUCCACUCAACAGAGCCGCAAUUGUGCUUACAGGAUUGCCGCUCUCGACUUGGAGAGUGACGUCAUGUUCCUCUUCGACCAAGAAAACAAGCUUCGUUCAUACGCCAUCAGCACUGGGAAACUUCAUGAGAUCAAUGACACUGAACAAGAUCAUGAGCGUAGCUAUGACAAGUUCUUUUAUUAUAUUGCAUCCUACUUGAAGCUUCCAGGAUCUGUGCCUUUACCUCAGCUAUAUUUGUCGAAAACGUAGCAGUUGAAGUUGCUAGCAAUUGUUUGGAUACCAAGCAUUUGGGUGUUUUCAGUUCGGCAAGUAAUACUAUUGUUGUACGCAAGGAUGGUGUUAAGAAGGCAUUUUUGUAUGUUCAUUUUAUUUCCGUUUGGUUAAUUUGUAAGGGUCUAAUCAAACACUCUGAUUUCUGAAAUAUCUGUUGAGUCAAACUUGUCUCUGAAGAGUGAAGACUGCAUGUCGGCAGCUGAGAAAUUUACUAGGCAUGUGUGCAGGUGCAUGCAUGUAUCUCAGUAGAUAUUUUGGCUUAGGUCGAUUCACUAGAUCCUAUCUAAGGGCUGCACCUCCAUCGUUCUAAACUCAUUCCAUUCCAAUCAA